GAUAGUGUGACAAGAAAGGUGGUUUUUUUUGGUGUUGAAUGCAAAUGAAAGUGAAAACAGAGUAAAGAAGAGAAGGGUGGUGCCGUGUCUCUGUUUUUGGCGCUUUCAUUCAUUCGUAACUCACACAAACACACAUCCAACCAAACCUUCGUUUUAGCAUUUCUCGUCUUCCUUCGAAACUCUGAAAUUGGGAUGUAAAAUAUUUUCCCUUUUCUCUGCUCUUUUUCAUCACCAUUCACUUCUUCUGAAAAAUAUGGGUUUGCUCAGCAGUUUCUUGGGGCUUUUUGGUUUUGUUGUUGGAAUACCUCUUGGCCUCUUGGUCGGUUUCUUUAUCUUUGUAUACUCCGAACCCAAACAUGUCAAGGAUCCUGUUGUUAGGCCAAUCAGUGAAUUGGGCCCAAGUGCUUUGCUGGAACUUCUACCCGAGAUUCCUCUGUGGGUGAAGACGCCAGAUUAUGAACGAGUUGAUUGGUUGAACAAGUUUUUGUUGGAUAUGUGGCCUUUCCUUGACACGGCUAUUUGUAAGAUUAUAAGAAGCACGGCAGAACCAAUAUUUGCUGAAUAUAUUGGCAAGUAUCAGAUCAAAGGGAUUGAGUUUGAUAAGUUAAGCCUUGGUACUCUUCCUCCUACUAUCUGUGGUAUGAAAGUUUUAGAAACAAAUGAAAAGGAAUUGGUCAUGGAACAAGUUAUCAAAUGGGCUGGCAAUCCAAACAUAGUGUUGAACUUGUAUGUGUCAUCGUUGAAGAUCACUGUUCAGUUGGUAGACUUACAAAUAUUUGCAUCACCACGGAUAACUUUAAGACCUUUGGUGCCUACAUUUCCAUGUUUUGCAAAUAUUGUGGUAUCUUUGAUGGAAAAGCCUCAUGUGGAUUUUGGGAUGAGAGUAUCAGGAGGGGACAUCAUGUCAAUACCUGGUCUCUAUAGAUUUGUACAGGAAACAAUAAAAAGACAAGUGGCAAACCUCUAUCUAUGGCCUCAAACCCUGGAAAUUCCUAUUCUUGAUGAAUCAACGGUUGCAAUAAAGAAGCCCGUGGGGAUAUUACAUGUGAAUGUGGUUCGUGCACAUAAGCUUUUAAAGAUGGAUUUUUUGGGAACUUCUGAUCCUUAUGUUAAACUAAGCCUGACUGGAGACAAAUUUCCAGCAAAGAAAACCACUAUCAAGAGAAAGAAUUUGAAUCCCGAGUGGAAUGAGAAGUUCAAGCUUGUUGUAAAGGACCCUCAAUCUCAAGUUCUCCAAUUACAAGUUUAUGACUGGGACAAGGUUGGUGCACAUGACAAGCUAGGAAUGCAGUUAGUCCCUCUCAAGCUGCUUAAGCCGUACGAGAAUAGAGAAUUCACACUUGAUUUACUCAAGGACUCUAAUCUCAAUGAAACUCCACACAAGAAGCCUAGAGGGAAAAUUGUGGUGGACUUGACUUUUGUUCCUUUCAAAGAAGAUAGUGGCAAGUUUGGUGGACCUUCGGACGGAUACAGCCGAAACGAAAGUGGAAUUGAUCUUGUAUCCGAUGAUGAGGUCCAAGAAGGAGCAGGUUUGCUUUCAGUAGUGAUACAAGAGGCAGAAGAGGUUGAGGGGGACCAUCACAACAACCCUUUUGCAGUGCUUACCUUUAGAGGUGAAAAGAAAAAGACAAAGAUGAUGAAGAAAACUCGUCACCCACGUUGGAAUGAAGAAUUCCAAUUCAUGCUAGAGGAGCCUCCUCUACAUGAGAAGAUACACAUUGAGGUUAUGAGCAAGAGAAAGCACUUUAGUUUUCUGUCAAAGGACUCACUGGGGCAUGUGGAGAUUAACCUAAGUGAUGUGGUGCACAAUAGUCGCAUUAAUGAUAAAUACCAUCUAAUAAAUUCAAGGAAUGGAGUGAUACAUGUUGAGAUAAGAUGGAAGGUGGUUUAAGAAACCAAACUAAUUUGUUAGAAGGUCUUUUCCAAUAGGUGGGUUUAAAUUCUAAACUGUUACGUGUUGAUUUUCAAAGUGUAUCUAAAUAGAAGAGGCAAUUUUAGGCAAACAACAUCAUUGAGAUCUCUAUAAGAAAUUGUCUUUUCGAGCAA